CUCGCGAGAUCUCAGCGUGCUGCUGGGGUCCCUGAGCUCCAUCUGCUCGUUCAAAUGCGUUAGGUGUGGGUCGUCCUCGUGGCUGCAAGAUGCACUCGGAUGACAUUGUCUGGGAUACUCUCGGCAACAAGCAGUUCUGCUCAUUUAAGAUCAAGACAAAAACACAGAGCUUUUGCCGGAAUGAAUUUAACAUAACAGGCCUGUGCAACCGCUCCUCCUGCCCCUUGGCAAACAGCCAGUAUGCUACCAUCAAGGAAGAGAAAGGGCAGUGUUACCUUUACAUGAAGACCAUUGAACGUUCCGCUUUCCCCAACCGGCUGUGGGAACGGGUCCGGCUGAGCAAGAACUACGAGAAAGCGCUGGAGGAGAUUGACGAGAACCUGAUCUACUGGCCCCGCUUCAUCCGGCACAAGUGCAAGCAGCGCUUCACCAAGAUCACCCAGUACCUGAUCCGGAUCCGCAAGCUGACGCUCAAGAGGCAGAGGAAACUUGUCCCGUUGAACCAAAAGGUCGAAAGGCGUGAGAAGAGGCGAGAGGAAAAAGCUCUGAUUGCAGCUCAGCUGGACAACGCAAUUGAAAAAGAAUUGUUGGAGAGACUCAAGCAGGAAACGUACGGCGACAUAUAUAACUUCCCCAUCCACGCCUUCGACAAAGCUCUAGAACAGCAGGACGCCGAGAGCGAGAGCGAUUCGGAUACAGAGAAGAAGGAAGAAGAGGAGGAGGAUGAAGUAAUGCUUUUGAAAAAGAGGGAAUUUGUGGAGGUAGAUGAGAGCGACCUCAGUGAUUUCGAGGAUAUGGAUAAACUGGCGUCGAGCAGCGGGGAAGAGGAAGAAGAGGCUACAUCCAGCGAGGAGGAGGAGCGAGAACGACAGCCCAGGUCUAAGGGCAAAGCUCCCCUGAAGGGCCCAGCAAGGAGGAAACGAGCUUACGUUGAAAUAGAAUACGAACAGGAAACGGAGCCCCUGUCUAAAGCGAAAGCGACGUGACUCUUCCCGUGUUCGAGAACGCUGUCCUGAACAAGCUGGGUGGUGGCGUGGGAUGGGGGCGCCAGCGGCUUUGGGCAAAGGCUGCCUUCACAAGGCCCAAGACUGAAGACCGCAGUAGGAAACAUCCAGCUGAUUGAAAGCCUCAACCGCGACUAAGGAAUGACUGAGUCUUCCAAUAAGCCCUACAUUUAUCAUUUUUAGGAGUAUAUUUUUUUAAUACUGACAACUACGAAAAAAUAUAUUUAAAAAAAUUCUGUCUUUCUGGGCUAGGGAGCCAAGAGGGUGGGUAUUUUUCAAUAUUGGUACAUGUCGAUUAAUCCCGUGAGCUGCUUUGAGGCUUUGGGUGGGUGGGGGCUAUAAAAACGGCAUAUAAAUAAGUACACCAGAACAAACUUGAAGUUAACCAUCUGUAAUUUUUUUUGGCCUCUUUUCCUCCAGUAAUAAAUAAAACUUUUGC